AACAAGAAAAAUAAUCGAUAUCAGAAAAGAACAACUUUAACUUAAGCUAAUUUCAGUUUAUUCAAAAGCUAAAAAUGGAUAUAAAAUCGUUUUUAUACGAAUUUUGUGCGAAGUCGCGUAUAGAACCAAAGUUUGAUAUUCGCCAAACGGGUCCCAAAAACCGUCAGCGAUUUCUGUGCGAGGUGCGUGUAGAGCCAAAUAUCUAUAUUGGUGUGGGUAAUUCUACCAACAAGAAAGAUGCCGAGAAAAACGCAUGUCGUGAUUUUGUCAACUACCUAGUACGCGUGGGCAAACUGAACGACAAAGAUGUUCCUGCGGAUGCUGGUGCUUCGUGGGCUGGACCUAUGACGGGUUUGAAGGGUGUUGGUAUGGCAGGGGGUGGUGGACAGCAGAAGCGCGUGUUUGGUGGUCAGUCGGGUCCACAGGAUCUGGGUGAGGCCUAUCGGCCACUAAAUCACCAGAGCGGGGGCGACGGUAGCAGCUACUCCGUAAUUGAUCACAUUCAGGAGCAGAGGGACAUGAACGAAGCUGAGUCUGUCGAUGUCAACGCCGCCAUUCACGGUAACUGGACCAUAGAGAACGCCAAAGAUCGACUGAACAUGUACAAGCAGGCGAACAACAUUCGCGACGAUUACAAAUAUACGCCAGUGGGCCCGGAUCACGCUAGGUAUGUGCUUCCUUUUCAACUUUCUUCAGUCUGCAUUCCGGAUUUGGCCGAAUUUGUUAUACGGCCAACUCUGAAAUGCGGCCCAUAAUCUUUGGCGGGCUGUGAACAAUUCGUGCAGAGCAGCGCCAGCAGAGCGACGUGGUACGAUACUCCGAACUACAAGAACAACGCCCAGCUACCUUGCAUGGGGUCUGUAAGCAAAACGGACGCCUAUACAACGCGGCUUAGGUGGCAAUAAUUCAAGAGCUGGCAUUCCAGCUUCGUCUAACACAUUAGUACCACACCGUUCUGUUGGCUGUCUUCUGCAGCACUCCACCGCAGACUCCCACAAUGGGAGAUCCCAAAUAUAGCCCCAGGGAGCUUUAUGGCCGAGUUGUCCAUUUAUGUGCCGGCGCUCAAGCGCAAGGUGACGGCCCGCGAGACGGGCUCAAACAAGAAGUCUGCCAGCAAGUCGUGCGCUCUGUCCCUGGUGCGCCAACUUUU